AUGGAUCGCCCGGAGCCUGGGCUGAUCAAAUGGUCGCAGAUCCCCGGCUACGAUAGCUUCAUCCACAUAAACCUGCAGCAUCGCAUUGUGCAGCUGUAUGAGCCCAGUGGCCUUGCGCAGAGAGACUGCUUCGAGUAUACGAGGUUGUCAAAGCAUGAUGACUUCCCAACACUUACUACCUAUGACUGGUCGCCCACGGUUCCAGGUCUCUUGGCCGUCGGCACUCAGACGGGCGUCGUCAACUUGCUGAGGAUGGACGACAACUCCAACGCCUACAUUGAGUUGAAUCUCAAGAUGACAAGAACAUGUCAGGCAGUGGCGUUCAACACCGAGGGUCUUCUUGCAGUUGGCUUGGACCGAGUGCGCAUGGAUCAGUGCCUACACAUUUGGGAUGUCAACAGGUUGUCGACGAUGAAUACGACUGCCAAAGGCUUUCCCAAGGACCUACACGCCUUUUCAGAUCCGGCAUAUCGACUGGAGCCUAGCGUGUCAGUUUCGAGCGUCAAAUUCUUUGAAGAUAACCCAAAGACCUUGGUAGUUGGGAUCAAAGCCCAAGGUCUGCGCAUCCAUGAUCUGCGAGAACCCGGCAGUGUUGUAACGUUUCAGACCAAGUGUAACAAUAAUCUGGCCAUCGACUACGCUGACCAGAAUUAUUUUUCAUCAUCUGCACUGGACCAACCUGGCAUCAUGAUUUGGGAUAGGCGAGCAACGUCUCGGCCAGUCGCUUCACCAUCUUAUACGGGCGCAGUUGACGAGGACGACCUUCCGUGGGGUGGAGCCUUGAGACUCGACAGAGUGGUUGAGAUGGACGACGAUUCCUCCCUGAGCGAGAGCAAGCACUCCAUCGUCCGCUCGCUUCGGUACUGUCGGGACCGCCGGGGUCUACUGGCUGUACUUUCUCGAUCCGGCCAGCUAAAGGUCUUGGAGACGAACAAGGAGAUAACGCAUCGCGACAUGGCCCUCGAAGGUAGCCCAGAGCUUCUUGAAGUUCACAAAUCACACGACAUGGACGUUCAAUACGGCGACAGCGGCAGGAAGAAUGAUAGAAUCGUCUCUUUUGACUGGGUGACGCUCGACUCUUCGGUGCUGCAGCCCCGUCUCCUCGUUUUGCGCGCCAAUGGAACGUUUGAGAUCCUUGAGCAACCGUCGUACACUUCCGACUAUCUUUACAAGCUGACGCCUUGGCAACCACCACAUCGUGGGCUGGAAGAAGGAGGAGCGUACCACAAAAUCAUGGAAUUUGAGCUAUCCCAGUCUUCCGACAUGCUCGGCCCCUUAUUUGUCGAGGAAGCACUCUCCGACAUUCCUAUAUUCGGCCCCGACAAGGCUGAUGUCCAGUCUAUUGUGGAAAAGACAUUGAAAUCAAAGUUUUCAGCAAGAGAUCUCAACAGUAGGCUGAUUGGUAAUGGUAAUAACUCGCCGGCGCCCCUCGACAAAUCUCAAACUACCGCAGAGAAGUUACGAGCUUUGAGGACGGAGCUCAAGGAAAAGGCCAGGAAAGCAGAGAAGAACGGCACCGAGAGCUCGAUUAUGGAAGAAUCAAUCAGCUCGCUCGCUCAGCUGUCCCUGUCUACCGAGGGGCCGAUCUCCUGUCGCCACAUGCACGAAUCCCUUCUUUCUCUGCCCUUGAAGGCUCAAGGUUUAUCGACGGAGACACAGUGUCUUCUGGACCACGUCAUGCUUCUCCGCGCAAAAGAAAAGUAUCUUUUCGAUUGCAACAUCAAUCGCGUUGUGGUAUCUGAUGAUCCGUGGUUGAGAUAUAUGUGGGAUUGGAUCGCAGAUGCCGAAGAUGCUGCCGCGGAUGGAGGUAUGAAAUUGUCGCCACUCGACCUGAGUUACAUGGGCGUCUGUACCAUCUGGUGCGAUGAUUUGGGUCGGAAGCCUUCAUCCAGACUUCCAGAGGCGUCUCCGAUUCCCGAGACGACAUUGUGGGAGAAGUGCAUUGGAAGUAUCUGUAAGAAGCGACGUUUACCAAAGUACGAAGGCAUCCACACCAAGAAGCCUUUCCACAGACAGCUUUGUCUAGACAUUUGCGAAUGGGGGGACACGGCGGCACACGAAGCCAGGGGAGCAGCGGCACAUGAUCCCAGUGACUACCCGACAACAGCACACACGAUGGCAGCAGCCCGGGCUCUCUUCAAAGGCAAUACGCAGGAGGCGAUUGGAAUCCUGAAGACGGCGAGCGUAACACAUCCAGAGCUGCUAUUCGUCUCCCUCGCCUUGCAACUUAUUGGAAAGAGCAACAACUAUCUUAACAAGGAGCAGCUUGAUUUCGACGAGGCCGUGGCAUCGAAGACGGACCCCUAUCUCAGGGCAAUAUCGUCAUUGAUUGCCACGGGAGACUGGUUCGCCAUCGCAAAUCAAAAGUCCCUGCCCCUGUCAGAUCGGGUCUAUGUUGCAGUACGGAACUUUAGCGACGAACAGCUGACCAAGUGGCUCAAUGAACAGGUCUCAAUGGCUGUGGGUACCGGAGACAUCGAGGGCAUUGUUCUUACGGGCAUAACGGAUAGGCUGGUGGACAUUUUCGCCAAAUACGUUGAGAAGUUCAACGACUUCCAGACGGCAACGCUAGUCAUGUCGAUAUGCGCGCCGCGUUACAUUGAUGAUUACCGCUGCCUAGCUUGGAGGAACGCCUACAGAACUUAUCUCCAACGACACAAGGCCUUCCUCCAGAGGACCAAGUUCGAGGUUGAGAGCACGAAGAAGAGCAAGCGCGGUGGGCGCCCUACGAUCAAGCCGCCUUCGCGCCAGAUUGCGCUCCGGUGUGUGUACUGCGAUGCAGAGACGACUCUCGCUGGACAGGGAGGAGCCGGGUCGGGGCUGCCGCCUGGGGCGCCUGAUUCACGAAAUCCCCUUAUGGCCACGAGCAUAAAUGCGGGAAUCAGCUGUCCCAAUUGCGGACGGCAUCUGCCGCGGUGCGUGGUGUGUCUGGAGGUGGUGGGCGUCCCGAGAUCUGACCGACCCGAGCAUAAUGGCGAGCCGGAGAGGUGGAUGGCGGCCAACUUCCCAACGUUUUGCUUGAAAUGCGAGCACGUGCUGCAUCUGGACCAUGCGAGGCAGUGGUUUACGAGGCACGUCGAGUGUCCGGUGCCCGAGUGCCGGUGUCGAUGUAAUUUCAGGGCGAACCCGGAGCUGAAUUACCAUUGA